GAAUAAGAAUUGGGUUGGAAAUUAAAGCUUGACCUGGCAACCCUGCUGUGGAACUAGUUCCUCUCAGUCCCAACAUGCGCCAUUGAAUAUAAACGUAACCGAAGUUUCACGGCAUUCAUUUUUCAAGUCCUUCUUAUUUCUGUAAUUUGUUGGUCAGAAAAUAACAAUGGAGACGAUUUUAGAACAACAACGUCGCUACCAUGAGGAGAAGGAAAGGCUGUUGGAUGCCAAAACUAAGGAAAUGAUGCAUAAGAAAACCACGUUACGCGAACAAAUAAACUCAGACCAUCGAACAAGAGCAAUGUUGGAUAGAUACAUGGACGUGAGCUCAACUGUCAGGGAAGCAUAUGAAGACAAAGAUGGUAUGAGGAAGGAUGAACUGAACGCCAUCUCAGGACCAAAUGAGUUUGCAGAGUUCUACAACAGACUAAAACAGAUCAAGGAGUUCCACAGGAAGCAUCCUAAUGAGAUCUGUGUGCCCAUGUCUGUGGAGUUUGACGAGCUGGUCAAGGCUAGAGAGAACCCAACUGAAGAAACACAGAACAUGGUGGAGUUCAGUGAUGAGGAGGCGUACGGACGCUACCUGGAUCUUCAUGACUGCUAUCGGAAGUUCAUCAACCUGAAAGGGGCAGAGAAACUGGAGUACAUCAGCUACCUUUCCUCAUUUGACCAGCUGUUUGAUGUCUCCAAGGACAGAAAGAAUGCUGAAUACAAAAAGUACUUAGAGAUGCUACUGGAGUACCUUCAGGACUACACAGAAAGAGUCAAACCUCUGCUGGACCAGAAUGAUCUCUACGGCAAGAUCCUGGGAGAGUUUGAGAAGAAGUGGGAGAUGGGGACCUUCCCUGGCUGGCCAAAAGAGACGAGCAGUGCUCUGACCCACGCCGGAGCUCAUCUAGACCUUUCUGCUUUCUCCUCUUGGGAGGAGUUGGCUUCCCUGGGUCUGGACAGGUUGAAGUCUGCCCUUAUGGCCCUGGGCCUGAAAUGUGGAGGAACCCUGGAAGAGAGAGCCCAGAGGCUGUUUAGCACCAAAGGAAAAUCCCUGGAAUCUCUGGAUCCCUCCUUGUUCGCCAAGAACCCGAAGUCCAAGGGACCCAAGAAAGACACCGAGCGUAACAAAGAAGUCGCCUUCCUGGAGUCUCAGGUUUAUGAGUAUGUGGAAAUCCUGGGGGAGCAGAGGCAGCUGACCCAUGAGAACGUGCAGAGGAAGCAGGCCAGGACAGGAGAGGAGAGAGAGGAGGAAGAGGAGGAGCAGCUCAGUGAGAGUGAGAGUGAAGAUGAGGACAACGAGAUAAUCUACAACCCCAAGAACCUGCCUCUCGGCUGGGAUGGAAAGCCCAUUCCAUACUGGCUGUACAAACUCCAUGGCCUGAACAUCAAUUAUAACUGUGAGAUCUGUGGAAACUACACGUACAGAGGACCCAAAGCCUUCCAGAGGCACUUUGCAGAGUGGCGUCACGCCCAUGGCAUGCGCUGCCUGGGAAUCCCCAACACGGCUCACUUUGCCAACGUCACCCAGAUCGAGGACGCUGUCUCUCUAUGGUCAAAGCUGAAGUCACAGAAGGCAUCAGAGCGCUGGCAACCAGAUACAGAGGAGGAGUACGAGGACUCCAGUGGAAACGUGGUCAACAAGAAGACCUACGAGGACCUGAAGAGACAGGGUCUGCUGUAGAGAGGAGACCGACAAAGACUUGGAAACCUUGAAGCGCAACGUGAUGCCUAAUUGUAAUUUUUUUAUUUGGACUUUGACCUUUUCAUUUACACUUUUCAUUUAGAAGUUGUGAUGUUGUUUUUAUUAAUUCCUUCCUUUGACAACCAUUUUGAAAUGAAACAGCCAUUGAUUCUAAUAAUAAAUUAGUAAUAUUUGUCACCA